UCUUCUAUAAAUCGCUGGUAUCGAUUAUUUGCUAAAAAAUUCUGCGGUCCCGGUCUCUUGAAGUAUUUUGUUUUGUGGUAUUUUUAAAGUAGCACUUCAUAGGUAUAAGCGGUUUCUAAGCCGGGGAAAACUGCAUCCAGUUUUGUUGCAGCAAAUAUUUAAAGAAGCGUGUUACAUAUUGUAGCUGCUAUUAUUUUAAGUGGUUUAAUAACGGUAUAUUAUGUCUCAGUUUCUUAGAUGUGUUAACCUUAGGGUUCAUAAAAUUUGCCAAAAUGCUCCAAGUAUUCAUUCCCGACUUUUCCACGCGUCCCGUUGCAAAGAUUCCAAAGUUGCAAUGUCAAAAUUCGAUGCUGAUGUUUACUUGCCUUAUAAGAAGCUUACUAACACUUUAAAUAUUGUAUCCGGUCGUCUAAAUCGUCCCUUGACGCUUUCUGAGAAAAUAUUGUACUCUCAUUUAGAUGACCCCAAAAAUCAGGACAUUGUGCGCGGGACAUCAUACUUACGUCUUCGACCAGAUCGUGUAGCUAUGCAAGAUGCUACUGCUCAAAUGGCGCUUUUGCAGUUUAUAUCUUCGGGCUUAAAAAGAGUUGCAGUGCCCUCUACCGUGCAUUGCGACCAUUUAAUUGAAGCACAAAUUGGUGGAAAGCAGGAUUUAGCUAGAGCAAAAGACCUCAAUCAGGAAGUAUACAAAUUUUUGGCUUCAGCAUGCGCUAAAUACGGUCUGGGCUUUUGGAAGCCGGGCAGUGGAAUUAUUCAUCAAAUCAUUUUAGAAAACUACGCAUUUCCUGGACUAUUAAUGAUCGGCACUGAUUCGCACACGCCGAAUGGAGGGGGACUUGGCGGUCUGUGUAUAGGGGUAGGAGGUGCAGACGCCGUUGAUGUAAUGGCUGAUAUUGCUUGGGAACUUAAGUGUCCUAAGGUGAUUGGAGUUAAUCUAACAGGAAAGAUUAGCGGCUGGACGUCUCCUAAAGAUGUUAUUUUAAAGGUAGCUGAUAUUCUUACUGUAAAAGGUGGAACUGGUGCUAUAAUCGAAUAUCAUGGAAACGGCGUUAAUUCAAUAUCUUGCACUGGUAUGGCGACGAUUUGUAACAUGGGAGCCGAAAUUGGUGCCACCACAUCAGUAUUUCCGUUUAAUGAGCGCAUGGCCACAUAUUUGAAAUCUACUAACCGAAGCGCUAUUGCAGACGAAGCAAAUAAAUACAAAAAACAACUUUUUACUCCAGAUGGAAAUUGUGAAUACGACGAACUAAUUGAAAUUAACUUAGAUACGUUAGAACCUCAUGUCAAUGGACCAUUUACACCUGAUCUGGCUCACCCAAUAAGUAAAUUGGGAGCGAAUGCAAAACAAAAUGGGUAUCCACUGGAUAUUAAAGUAGGUCUAAUUGGCUCUUGUACCAAUUCCUCAUAUGAGGAUAUGGGUCGUUGUGCUAAUAUUGCAAAGGACGCAAUGACACAUGGUCUUAAGUCGAAAAUUCCGUUUAAUGUUACGCCUGGCUCUGAGCAGAUUCGUGCAACCAUCGAGAGGGACGGAAUCGGUGAAGUUUUUGAAAAGUUUGGUGGCACCGUUUUAGCGAAUGCAUGCGGCCCCUGUAUCGGCCAAUGGGAUCGAAAAGAUGUGAAAAAAGGUGACAAAAACACAAUCGUAACUUCGUAUAACCGCAACUUUACUGGGAGAAAUGAUGCUAAUCCUGCAACCCACUCAUUUGUUACCAGCCCAGAAUUAGUCACCGCUUUAUCGAUUGCUGGUCGUUUAGACUUUAAUCCAUUAACUGAUGAACUUACCGGAUCGGAUGGGAAGAAAUUUAAACUGUCUGCUCCAUUUGGCGAUGAAUUACCUUCUAAAGGAUUUGACCCGGGAAUGGAUACUUUCGACGCACCACCGAAGGAUGGCGAAGCUGUGAAAGUAGAAGUGGAUCCAAAGAGUCAGCGUCUUCAAAUUUUAGAACCCUUUGAUAAAUGGAAUGGUAAAGAUUUGGUAGAUAUGACUGUCCUUAUUAAAGUGAAAGGAAAAUGCACAACAGACCAUAUAUCCGCUGCUGGACCUUGGCUUAAAUACAGAGGACAUUUGGACAAUAUUUCAAACAACAUGUUUAUUGGGGCUAUUAACUCGGAAAAUAAUGAAAUGAAUAAGGUUAAAAAUCAGCGAACAGGUGAAUGGGCAGGUGUUCCUGAUGUUGCACGAGAUUAUAAGGCCAAUGGAAUAAAAUGGGUUGCUGUCGGUGAUGAAAACUACGGAGAGGGUUCAUCUCGUGAGCACGCUGCGCUAGAACCACGUCACUUGGGUGGUCGAGCUAUUAUAGUUAAAUCGUUUGCUCGCAUUCACGAAACGAAUUUAAAAAAACAAGGAUUAUUACCUUUAACAUUCGCAAAUCCUGCAGACUAUGAUAAGAUACAACCUGAAAGCAAAAUUUCCCUAAUUGGAUUAAAUAGUUUAGUGCCUGGAAAGCCAGUUGAUUGCGAAAUCAAAACCGGCAACAAAGUCGAAAGGAUUAAGCUGAACCAUUCGUUAAAUGAUUUGCAAAUUGGUUGGUUUAAGGCCGGCAGCGCACUCAACCGAAUGAAGGAGCUCGCAGUAAAUAAGUAAAUUGAACUCGUGGAGUGACUACAAAUAAAUCUUUAGAAAAAAACUUUGAAAUACAUAAAUAUAAGGCACUACAUAUCUACACCAAAUCAGCGUUUAGAUAUAAAGAAAUACAUAUUUCUCAAAAUCUUGGUAUGCUUUAUUAGUAAAUCAUAUUCUCUAUUGAUUUUAGUUCGUUUCACAUGAACAUGGUUAAAUACAAUAAUUUAUGCAAGUGAAA